CUUUAAAAAUGCUUAAACGUUACAUAUUAACUCAAACUCCUCCUGCACUAACAGACAAAGAAACCCCUGUUUAAAGACAAGGAGAAGCGUACUGGAAGCGCGCCUGAACUUCUUUUAUAAGCGAGAUUUCACCACAGAAUCCAUCAUGAAGAAACUGCUUGUGGAUGUUGAUUGUGGAGUGGAUGAUGCUCAGGCUAUUAUGAUGGCAUUGGCAGUGCCAGACGUGCAGAUCCUGGGCAUCACCUGUGUUCAUGGAAACACUAAAAUAGAUAAUGUCUGCAAAAAUGUUCUGCGUGUCCUGGAUGUUUGUAAGCAGCUGGAGAUUCCUGUAUUUCGUGGAGCAGCUAAAUCACUCUUGGGUCAGAUCACCAGUGCUGGACACUUCCAUGGGACAGAUGGACUUGGAGAUGCCCCAGAUCCCAAUGCUCCUGGUUUGGACCUCAUUCAGGCAGAAGGAGCAGUAUCAGCCAUGAUUCGAAUAGUCAAUGAAAAUCCUGGGGAGGUAUCUCUAGUGGCCACGGCUCCACUGACGAAUCUGGCAUUGGCGGUGAAACUUGACCCCACAUUCCCCCAGAAACUCAAGGGCCUUUACAUUAUGGGCGGCAACACAGAUUCUCGUGGCAACACCACCAUGUGUGGAGAAUACAACUUCGCAGCUGAUCCUGAAGCAGCUUACAUCGUUCUAAAUGAAUUCCUUUGCCCAAUUUACGUUGCAACCUGGGAGUUUACCUGUCGAAGUAAAAUACCCUGGGACUUCUGUGAUGGCUGGCUGGCCCAGGACACAGAUAAAGCUCGGUUCAUGAAAAAGAUCUUUAAGCACAGCAUGGAGUCCAGCCACAGUGAGAGAGUGGAGAAGGAGCUGGUGUCAGGACAGGGAUUCAUCUCCUGUGAUUCGUAUGCCAUGGCAGCAGCCAUAGAUGACAAAUAUCUCAUUGAAACUGACCACAAAGCUGUAACAGUAGAGCUUGCAGGCAACUGUUGCAGAGGAAUGAUGGUUGUAGAUCAUCUUGAACUUCUGCAGAAAACUCACAAAGUCCACAUCAUAAAGAAGGUGGACUUGGAGAGAUUUAAAGUGCUCAUGAUGAAUGCUUUAAAAUAAUUUAUCCAUAAUUUCAUUUUAUGAAUGUAUUUGUAUAAUCAUCUUUGGAGAUGGUCUAGUCCAGGGUGGGCAACUUCGGUCCUGGAGGGCCGGUGUCCUGUAGAGUUUAGCUCCAACUUUCCUCAGCACACCUGCCUAAAAGUUUGUAGUAUAGGUGUGUUCGACUUCAUGGGGCACUGCGCAGACCGAUCGGCGGCUGACUUGAAGCAGUGGAUGCCGGUUAGUAAUUUUGCCGCUGAAGGCACGUGACUGUGUCAUAUGGCUUUAUUGUACCGCGAGAGCGAUUCGAGAUCAGCCGCCUGAGGCCCGGAAUACACUGCAGGAUUUUUGCCCUCCUAUAAAAUCAUUACCUUAUCACACUGUGCGACAUGUUGUAGCAGCAAACACACUGUGCGCUGAUCAUGCUGAAUUUCUGACACUGUCAGAAAACUAUCGUAGGCUAUCUUUGGACGCAAGACCGGGAUAACGGCUGUCUUUGAACCUCUGUCGUUGUACGACAUGGGACCACCGAUGAAGAGCCACAAUCACAGAAAUCGCGACGAUUGUUUCACGAUGCAAACUUUCGUCUGGGACAGCCAAUAAUCUUGGAGUGUAUCCCGGGCUUUAGACCUUAAUUAGCUGCUUCAGGUGUGUUUAAUUAUGGUUGGAGCUAAACUCUGCAGGACCCCGGCCCUCCAGGGAGUUGCCCAUCCCUGGUCUAGUGCAUUAAUGACUCUACUUCAUUAAAAUAUUUCAAAUCA